AUGAGGGUUCUGAGGUCCAACAAAGAAGAGCAAAAAAUGGAGACUUACAGGUCCACACUCGGAACAACGACGCUGGUCUCUCUUCUGAGCUUUCUUGUCCUAAUUCUGAGGACAGAGGCUCAGAUACCUGACGUUUGUGUCUUAAGUGAUACCAACAGACCUCCAGAAAACUCGGACAUAACUGUAGUGUGUGGCACCGAGUACAUGGACCUGAGCAUCUACAUCUGUCCAGUUUACCAAGCUCUUUACAACCAGUCUCUGAUGGUCCUCAACAAUGAGUUCAACAAACCUGAGUGCUUUGGGACUGCGAACAUGAGCGCUGUCCCGCCGGUCUUACAAUUCAAAAUCCCCUUGAAUGAAAGUGCCAUCUCUGCCUGCAAUAGUAUCUUUAAGGUGACCACUGAGGUUGGAACUGGAGAGUUUUCCGACUUCUCAAAUGUCCAGUUCAUCAACAUUUCAGGCGUGAUUAAUUCUAUAGACCCGUCUGCCGCCAUGAUCACCUACAGGCCGCAGAUCAUGUACAUGUUCUCCUGUCGUUACCCGAUGCAGUAUGUCCUGAACAACACUGAAGUGGCUGUAUCAGGAGUCAAACUCGCCAUGAGAGGGAACAAUGGCAGCUUCAUCAGCUCUCUGAAUUUAAAGCUCUACAGUACUGAGCAGUACGUGGAACCUCUGGUAAUCCCAGCAAAAGGACUCAGCCUCAAGACCAAGAUUUACGUCGCAGUUACAGCCACCAAUUUAACAGACAGGUUCAACGUGCUGCUGGACAGAUGCUACGCAACAACAAACCCCUAUCCCGCUGUAGACAGCUUUUAUGAUCUGUUUGUAGGGUGCACACGUGACGCACAAACUAAGUUGAGCCUCAACGGGGUGGACCAGAAAGCGUACUUCUCCUUUGAGGCCUUCCGAUUUGUGAUGCACAAAAACCAGACAGUUUCCACUUUCUACCUGCACUGCGUCACCAGACUCUGCGAGGUGUCCUCGUGCAGCUCCUUCCUGCCUAACUGUGACGGCGCAAACAGGAGAAAGAGAGAGAUCCAGGAUGUGUCCGACGCCGCCACCGUCUCCUCGCCCGCCAUACUUGUGGGCCAACUGGGCAGUGAGGAGCCUCGUCCAGCGUCCUACGCUUCUCAAACAGGUUUGCAGUCCGACAACUACAGCAGCCCUGUGGUGGCUGUGAUCGUCUGCAUCGUCAUCCUAACCAUCUUCGUCGCCGCCAUGGCCGCCUACGUCGUGUUGCACAACAGAAGAAAACCACUUAUCCAGUAACAUCCUCUGACUUAUCUCCUAAACUGCCAGUGUAGCACUUCAUCAUCUGCAAGUAAAACAGGUCACUGAGACGAUAGCUUCAUGUUACACAACCAUACGACGACGUAGCUUUUCCAUUUCACACACAUCUUAACACGGGGGUCAGAAGUUAGAGGCAUGCAACUUUAUAAUCAUUAUGAAUCACAUAGUUUAUUCAUGCUGGAGAUGAGGGCACACAAUCUGUAUUCUGUAUUAAUAUUAAAUAUUAGUUUUAAUCCUGUUUUCAUGUGGAAGUAUUUAAUGAAUGACAGUUCUCAUGUACUCAGUUAUAUACAGUUUACUUAUAACGUGUUUUUAAUUGAGAAUGAAGACAGUACUCACACUUAUAACAGGCUGAAGUGAACAGUUUGGAGAUGUAAGUGAACAAUCGGCUAAUAUCAGUCAAUUUGGAUAAUCCCAGUCUGUAAAGUAGCUGGUGAGAUAUUUCACCAACUAACCUGACCGACUAUUUCACCAACAAACUGACAUUUACACAGCUCGGCUGAAAUGUUAUAAUAUCUUAACAAUAUUUGGGCUGUCAUUAAAUUUGUGUAAGACACAGACUAUAAAUCAGCAACUGUUUGUAUCUCUCUCUCUCCUUCAUUUGCUGUCCUCUCUACAUUAUCACUAUUUAAUAAAGGCAUAAAAUGUCCCCCACAAGUCUAUUCCCUUUAGCCUCGGCUUUAUUUUUGUUUUUGCUAAUUAACAAGUGUUUUCAUGCUAACAUGCUAAACUAAUACGGUAAA